AUGCGGCGCGUGUGGAGCCGUGUCUCCGGGGCAGAGCUUGCUGCUGAGCCGAAGGGGACUUUCUGGGAUGUGGUUUCCAUAAAGGGCCACUUGCGCGCUCAGUAUCAUUACCCAAUGUGCUUUCAACGGCUUUUUGAGUCCGAGAGCGGUUUCGAGGAACUUCCUGGUAUGCCACUGAGAACCACUGAGUGGCAGCUAGUGGUGUCCUCCACAUUGGGUAGGCCAGACCUGGAAGACCGAGCCAAAGAAGAGUUUGUGAUGUACGCCGCCAAAACAGGCCAUGUUAAAGUGGCCCAAGCUCUGCUUGACGGAGGAGCCAACAAGGACUGGCAGGACGGUGUGACCAGCGAGAAGACGGCUCUCAUGCACGCGUGUGCCCGGGGCCACAUUGAGAUGGUCCGUUUUCUGCUGGAAGCUGGUGUCAAAAUAAACUUGCAGGACGCCGAAGGCAAAACCGCACUAAUGCACGCUGCUGACAAAGGCCACAUGGAGAUCGUACAUUUGCUGCUGGAAGCUGGUGCUGACAGGAACUUGCGGGACAACCGCGGCAAAGUGGCCACGAUCAGUCACCUCGAGUAG